GAAAAUAUUAAUAAUUAUCAAACUAAAAAUGGCAUUUUUAAAGUUUGUCGUAAUUCUCGGAUUGAUUGUCUUAACCACAUCAAAAUCGGAGAAUCAAUCUCAAUCAUCGAAUACGAGUGAUUUUAAUACCAAACCAACACAAAUUCCGAUUCAAAAUAUAUCGGACAAUCCAUCUGAAGAAACGACGACGACGAAAAAUGAAUAUACAAAUUCUAAAAAUCCAAACUACAAUACAAUAAAAUUGAACGAAGAAGAUUUUGAAAAUUUGGUAUAUAGUUUUAUAAAACAAUAUUCAGAAAAGAAAGGAAAACCAGUCAUCUGGGCUGGUUUUGUUGAUGAGCAAACAAGCGAAGAGAUAGAGAUCCAGAGUGAACAUUUUAAUUAUGAUAAACCGAUGACCACAGUAUCUUUCGUAACUAAUUUUCGCAUCACAAACUACAGCGAAAAAAUCAGCUAUGACUAUUCUAUUUUUGAAGAACGAAGAACAGAUAUUCUUCAUAAUGAUAAUUUAAAAGCGUGCUUCUAUAAUUUAAAAGUACCUUUCAGUUCUGAAGAUUAUUAUCUGGUAACCAUGAAUCCUUCGUUAAAAUGGAGUUCGUGGUUUCAAGGUUUUAAUCAAGACAUCAAUAAGAUUAAUUACUGGAGUCGAAAAGACGUCCUCGACAUUAUAGGAGAUAAGGGAGAGCCUGUGGGCCUUUUCGAUGCGAUAUUACAAUCGAAUGAUUCUUUAGAAAUCAAGUGGAGAGGCAUCCGGAAGAACAUUGUUGUUUCGUGGAAUUUACAUAUAUAUUAUUAUGGAAAUCUAAUAAUCGCCUUGAAGGAUACAAACGGAGAAGAGUUACAUUCAGUACCUAUAAAGAAUUUGGCCAAUGACAAAUUUAGGAAUGUUUACGACUCUUUGCUAUUUAAUGUAUCAGGAAGUACGCGUUACAGUUAUUUAGAUACAGUUAUACCAGAAGCUCAAAGUAGGCCUGCAUCUGAGCGAAAAAUGACAUAUUUUUCUGACGGUUUCAUGUCUAUUCGCCCUGUCGAAUAAUCCGAUAUUUAAUAGGCUAUUUAAUGUUAUACAUUAAAUUUUAAUUUUUGUUAAUCAGGUUAAAAUGAAGAAAAAUACUUUAAACCAGUGAUUCUCAAUGUGGGUGCUACCGCCCCCAUUGAGCGUUCGAGCUUUUAAACUAGUCACGAAUUUUAUUUUCUGUUUCUGUAUUUAUGAUGUGUUAUAGAACAAAUAUUUAAUUAAUAUCAUAUUGAUAAAUGAAUAAAUGUUAUCAUUUCUAUGAUCUAUCGUAAAAUUUGGCAAUGGAUGAAAAUAAUGUAUACGGAAAUGAUGUAAUUAAUUAAUUAACGAAGUA